GGACGCUCUUUCCCUCCUCUCACGUACGUACGGUGGCGGUGAGGGUGUGGACGUCCCCCAGCAGUUAGUCCACUGGAGAUAACGUAACACCGCUAUUAACUUCUUCUCUGUAACUGCAUUACACCGAAAAGGGCGAACAUAUCUGGGUUGCUGGAGUGCUGUUGAGCAUCUCUGCUUGUGUCCCUCAUUGUCCCCAGAUGAGGGACUGAUGCUAGCCAGGACUCUCGUGAACCCCUCGGGCCGCUUCUCUCAACUGUCCCAGUUUAGUUCUGCAUCUACUCCCACGGGUGCACCUUAAAGAAGAACACUCCAGCCAAAAUGGAUGACAUCUUUACGCAGUGCCGGGAAGGCAAUGCAGUAGCAGUUCGCUUAUGGUUGGACAAUACAGAGAAUGACCUCAACCAAGGAGAUGACCACGGCUUCAGCCCUCUCCACUGGGCAUGCAGGGAAGGCCGCUCCAGCGUUGUGGACAUGCUCAUCAUGAGAGGAGCUCGCAUUAACGUCAUGAACCGUGGAGACGACACGCCGUUGCACCUGGCCGCCAGCCAUGGACAUCGAGACAUUGUAGGAAAGCUGAUCCAGUGCAAAGCGGACACAAAUGCAGCCAAUGAGCACGGGAACACACCACUGCAUUACGCCUGCUUCUGGGGCCAAGACCAAGUGGCUGAGGACCUUGUGACUAAUGGGGCUCAGGUGAGCAUCUGUAACAAAUAUGGGGAAACUCCUCUGGACAAAGCCAAACCUCACCUGCGUGAACUCCUCAGAGAAAAGGCUGAGAAAAUGGGACAGAACUUGACUAAAAUUCCCUUCAAGGAUUCAUUCUGGAAAGGCACCACCAGAACUCGACCCCGCAAUGGCACUUUGAACAAACAUGCAGGAAUUGACUACAAACAGCUUUCUCUCCUUGCAAAAAUAAAUGAGAACCAGUCGGGAGAGCUGUGGCAAGGGCGCUGGCAAGGAAAUGAAAUUGUUGUUAAGGUGCUUAAAGUUCGUGACUGGACCACAAGGAAAAGCAGGGACUUCAGUGAGGAGUAUCCCAAACUCAGGAUAUUUUCCCACCCGAAUGUCCUACCCAUGUUGGGAGCAUGUCAGUCUCCUCCCGCACCUCACCCCAUCAUCAUCACACACUGGAUGCCUUAUGGCUCCCUCUACAACGUGCUGCAUGAAGGCACCAACUUUGUGGUGGACCAGACACAGGCAGUGAAGUUUGCGCUGGACAUUGCUUGUGGAAUGGCUUUCUUACACACACUUGAACCCAUGAUCCCUCGCCACUAUCUCAACAGCAAGAGCGUUAUGAUAGAUGAAGACAUGACAGCCAGGAUCAGCAUGGCAGAUGUCAAGUUCUCCUUCCAGUGUCCUGGCAGGAUGUACUCGCCUGCAUGGGUGGCCCCCGAGGCCCUGCAGAAGAAGCCAGAAGAUAUCAACCGUCGGUCAGCAGACAUGUGGAGCUUUGCUAUCCUGCUGUGGGAGCUGGUGACCAGAGAGGUUCCCUUCGCUGACCUUUCCAACAUGGAAAUAGGCAUGAAGGUUGCCUUGGAGGGUUUGAGGCCCACUAUCCCCCCCGGCAUCUCACCCCACAUCUGCAAGCUCAUGAAGAUAUGCAUGAACGAAGACCCAGCUAAGAGGCCUAAAUUUGACAUGAUAGUGCCAAUUCUGGAAAAAAUGCAGGACAAGUGAAAAACCUCCUCUGCCCCCCCGUGCUGAACCGAAGAAUUACUGGAUAUCUUCCCCCAGAUAUCACUCUGAUAUGGUGGUGCAGUGCUUACCAGUAUUGCCUUAAACUCCUCACUCUACCGCUGCAUUCAAUGCCACUGUAGCUUCUGCUUCUGAGAUGAAUCCAGCAGCAGCCACUUCUUUUAUAUUUUUUUUUUUCUUUUUUGAAUGUGAUAUCAAGUUUUUAUUAGUGUCUUCAUCUUUGUCCCUGAUCCACCGAUACUGUCUUCACAGGAGGUGUUUGUCUUCUAAACUGUAAUCAUGUGGACUGAGUACAAUCUUCUUUAAGCAAAUGAAUAACCUGUGAGGUCAGCAUGGCAGUCUGCUGCAAUGCUUCGGUGGAUUUAAGGCCUUAUUUUUAUCUGGAGUGUUUAAAAAGUCACCCUAUGAGGUAACUGCUUCCUUAAAAUAAAAGAAUUAACACAUUAACCCAAAGCUUGUCUUGUGGAAAAAGGUCUGUGUUUGUUGUGUUAGCAACAAACUGUAUGCAACUGGGCAAGCAUGAGAAAAUGUCUGGGGUAAGCAUUUAAAUGUGAGAUUAUUGAGAAAAUGUAUGUGAAUGAGUGGUGCCCAUGAGAGUGCGUACAGUAACAGGGUUGUGCCUUUCAGCUUGGCUGUGUAGUGAUGUGUAGAGCUUGGCUUGUUUUGAGCAUUGCUCCCUGACUAUAUCCUGUAUACAAAACUGGCCAUACAAACCUUUGGUUUUUCGGUUUUGUUUUGUUUGGCUUUUUUUGUUUUUUGUUUUGUCAGUGCACCAAAAAUGUCGCUGUUGAUUAUUGCAAUUAUGGGACGAUUACUUUCACCUACGUUGCUGAAUUUCUCUUGUUAUGUAAUUAACUAGAUUAUUCAAACGUACGAUUGUAAUCUAGUUCAUUUUCAUUACUUUCCCUUUCAAAAUUUGAGAUACUUGUAAUAUCAGGAAUGAAUACUGCAAUCCCAGACUUUAAUUUAUUCAUGGUUAUCUUAGGUACAGGUGUAAUUUUUUGUUUUGUUGUCAAGCAUGGGGACUGCCUUUCCUCCUAAAUUUACUGCUACCACAGAAGCUGCUGCCAGCAGAAGGCGACUGGGACAUUAAAGGGUGGACUUAACAUCCUGCACACUGUUCUAUUGUCUCACUUUUUUUUCUUUUUUUUUUUCUUUGGCCUCUAGAUUACUUCUUUACUGACUUUAUAUCAGUCUCAUGGGUUGUUUCUUCUACCUGCAUUGUUCCUGUGCCUCCACCAGCUUGCUUGUUUGUGCUGAAUCACAGGUUGAAGCCAAAAUCAAGAAUGACUUAUACAAAUGUAUGUAUUUAUAUAUAAGUAUAUUAAAAAGGAAGAAUAUUGGAAACUUGAUUGUGUGGAUUUAUAAUGGGAUUUGGAGAUUAAUGGGUAAUUUGGGAAAAGCGUACACGGAAGGCAUAAAUGUUUU